AUGAAAGCUAUUAAAAUUCCUCAAACAUCAUUGGUCGAUGUCUAUGGUAAACCAGUGGGAUUAAAUAGUGAUGAUCCAGAAAAACAAAUAAAAACAUUAGAAUUAGAUCAAAGACAUGAUAAUAAUAAAAAUAUAUUAAAAAAUAUACCUGGACAACCACAACAACAAAUAUCAUUAUCGGUGAUAGGAGAAACUCCUUUACAUAUUGCCAUUGUUUAUAAUGAUAUUGAGUCGGUUAAAUUAUUGGUUAAACACGGUGUAGAUGUUAAUAAACGAGCCAUUGGAAAAUUUUAUGGACCUGAAAAUAGUAAAAAGAAAACAAAAUUACGUAAACAGUAUAAUCCAGAUGAAAGUAAUUACGAAGGUUAUGCCUAUUUUGGUGAAUAUCCAUUGGCAUUUGCUGCCUCAUUUGGUCAUUCAGAAAUUUACGAUUAUCUAAUUGAACAUAGUGCAGAUCCAAAUCUACAAGAUACGUAUGGAAAUACGGUGUUACACAUGCUUGUUAUAAAUAAUAGAGUGGAUAUGUUUAAACAUGCUGUUCGACAUCCAAUGAAAAAAUCAUUGACCGAUAUACGAAAUAAUUCUAAUUUAACACCAUUAACAUUGGCAGCAAAAUUAGGACGAAAAGAUUUAUUUCUUGAGUGUUUAGAAAUUUCAAAUGUCGUAUAUUGGAAUUCUUCACUCACCUACAUUGUUAAUGGAAAAACUGAAGAACAUCUUGAAAUGUUAGAUAAUAUGGUUAUUGAUCGUCUUCUCAAUGAUAAAUGGUCAACAUUUGCUAGAGCUAAUUUUAUGCGUCAACUUGUUUUACUGGUUAUUCACAUCUGUUUUUUAAGUACAGCCGUAUUUUUACGGAGUCGUGAUGAUAAAACUAAUAAACUGACGACUAAAAAAAUUAUUUGUCAUAUAUCAGAAGUUUGUGUUCUAUGUGGAUGUGUUUUGAGUAUAUUUGCAUUGCAAGCAAAAGAAAUAUAUUCUCAAGGUUUUAUUUAUUAUGUACAAAAUUUGAGGAGUUUUCCAGAAAAGGCUGUUUAUCAAUGUUCAUGUGUACUACUUAUAUCGGUCAUACCGUUUAGAAUUUUAUAUUUAAAAACAAAAGAUGUAUUCUAUGCAUAUAUUGAAGAUGGUCUAUUGUCAUUGGCUAUUCCAGGAACAUAUCUAUUUUGUCUAUUUUUUGGCCGUAUUUAUGUGUUAACUGGUGCGUUUAUUGUUAUGAUAUUUGAAAUGAUAGCUGGUGAUAUAGCAACAUUUGGCGUUAUCUAUUUGAUUGUUAUCACUGCAUUUGGGCAUGUAUUUUUUUUAUUGUUUCGUGACACAACCGAAGGUAUUAGUUGUGAACGAACUGUGCCCAAUAGUACAUGUGGAAAUGAUCAUACAUGUUCAUAUAAAAAUUUUGAAGCAUGGAUGACAAUGGUUCAUUUUACAAUGGGCGAAUUUGAUUUUUCAAAAUUUGACGUUACACAUUAUGCCUAUUUGGUCAAAUCAUUAUUUAUCGUCUUCAUGGUAUUAACACCAAUUCUGCUGUUAAACAUGUUAAUCGCAUCGAUGGGUAAUACGUAUCAACGUGUUAUUGCCAUAUCAGAAAAAGAACGACAACGACAGUGGGCCCAAUUGGUACUCACUAUUGAACGUUCAUGUUCAGCAGGACAACGAUUAAGAUAUCAAUCGGUGUAUUGUGUUGGUUUACCGGAACGGCGAGACUUAAUGGUAAUCAAAGCUGUGCCAAAAACAAAAGCAGCACAGCGAAAAGGUGCCAUUGGAAGUUGGAAGCGCAUGGGUAAAUUGGUAUUGUAUCUGUUGAAAGAACAAGCGGCCACUGCUCAUUCUGUUCGUCUGCGACGUGUAUCUCAUCAAUCUGUUGUUUUAAAACCAAAACCACAUUUUGAUACAAUGCUAGAAACACUCGCCUGGGAACGAGAUUUAGACUUAUCACUACCAAAGACAAUUCAAUUAGAUUCUACACAAAAUACAAAUGAAUUGCAAUUAAGUUUAUCACGCUCACCUCUGCCUCUAAUCGAAGACGAAGAACAUAAGGCACUACGACCAGAAAUAGCUACAGCACAAGCGUUGUUAGAUGAACAACCACAACUACAACAUCAGGAACAUGAAGAACAACAACUACGUUCUCGUCGUACACUAUCCGGUGAUCUGAUACCAAUUAAUCGUAAUGAACUUUCACAGAUAAGAUCGCGACCGUCGUAUGUCGAAUAUGAUGACUUAGAUUUUAUAAAGAAACCAGAACGAAAUGCUCGAUUUUCAAUGGUACCCGUUGAUAGUGAUGAUUACAUUGAUUUAUUAAUCGAUCAACGAAAACAAUCAUCAGAUAGUGAAAAUACGCAGUUUGUAGUUAAAAGUAGCAGUCAACGCCGAAAAAAGACUUUAUUGAAACGACAAGCAUCAGCAUCAAGCAUUAAAUCAAAAACAAGUGAAACAACGCUUUGCUAG